CCUUGGUCAUCCACUGCCAUCCACUUGAACUCUCUCCCUUCCUGUGAUUUACAUACCAGCACACAUCUUCGACUUGUCUCUAUACGCGGAGGACGAUACACACCAGCGGCUUCAACUUGCCCGGCUUCCACCUUAAUCAUAACAACUCAACUACACCAUCACAAUGGCGAGGACAGGCUUCUUCCACCACUUCGGCACAUUCCUGCUGCUAGCAGCAACGGUGCUGCUCAUCGUCACCUGCAUUUCUGCCCCUGUCAUCAAUGACAUCUCGAUCAUGAAGGUCGAUCUCGGAAGACCUUACAUGGGCCCUAUCAAGAGGGUAACCUUUGGUACCUUUGGCUGGUGUGAGGUUGCCGAUGGCCCUGACUCCUGCUCUUCCUCCCACGUCGGCUACAACCCCACCAACGUGAUGCGCACGAUCGAGGGCAUCUCUUUCUCCAACUAUGCCGAGAACACCACCAAGGCGCUCACCAAGGCGAUGAUCCUGCACCCCAUUGCCUGCGGUCUCAACUUCAUCGCCUUCCUCCUCGCCCUCGGCGCCGGCCUUGUCGGCUCUUUCCUCGCCUCGCUGGUCGCUGCUCUGGCUUUCAUCGUCACUGUCGUUAUCAUGAUCUUGGACUUUGUCACCUUCAGCAUCAUCAAGUCGAGGAUCAACGACGCCCCCACCGUCUCUCGCGCGCACUGGGGCUCCGCCGCCUGGACCACCCUGGCUGCCGCCAUCUGCUCGCUGUUGGGCAUGAUCAUCCUCUUCAUCACCUGCUGCUCGGCUAGAAUCCACAAGAGGAGGAACAGGGACCUCGAGCCUAAGAACGACUACGGGGUUGCCGCUGCUCCUCCUCGCCGCAGGAGGUGGUUCUAAGUCACUGAUUGUGACUGAGAUGAACGAUAGUUCAGAAGACCGGUGUUUGAUGUUUUCAGCAGAAAAAGAGGAGAUGAAAACCCAGUAAUGGGCAAACUUGUGAUACCACGAUUGUGUUAUGGAUGAUUUCAGGGAAGGAUACGAUUUGUGAUGUGGAAUGAUACCAAGCUUCAGAGCGUUCUUUUGUCAUUUACUUCAACGGCGGUUUAGCGUUCGAUUGUAAUAUGUUAAUGAAAUAAUGAUGAACCAUAAUUCUUCUUA